CCUGGAUUUGAUUUUUGCGGUCACUCCUCCUUUGCUGUUCAAGCCGUUCAAGCUUGUUGUCUAUCACGGCUCCUGACUACAAAAAAAGAGGGAUAUGUUCUCCGUUUUGUAAAGGAUGGUACCAGGACAUCACACCUGACUGCACUGUUCGUAGAAAGUUCCGGCACGACAACUAUUUCUAGUCAAAACGCCAAGUAGUUCCUAGUGAUGGAUCCGAAUACGUUGGAACAGCUGCAGAAGGUGUCGCCCGACGAAGUUACCAAGAUAUUAACCGCUUACAACGAAAAGAAUGCAAAGGUGUUCACAUUUCCCACUUUUGAAGUAUCGCAAAGAAAGCUCUUCGUAUCAGUCCUGCUAAAGAUCCUGAGACAACCAGCUGAUGAAUCCUGUCACAUUGCGUGCUUAGAAGCACUCCGUGUUCUCAGUCGCGAUAAGAAACACCUGGAAGACGUCUUCACCAAAGACGUCCUCGACUCCCUGAGUCGCAUCGCCGAGCUUAUAGUUCAGGAAGAAGAAAUCAUCGAGGAAGGGUUUAAAGCGGAGAAAGCUCACGUAAUCGUCGAAGCACAGAAGACACUGUGUAAUCUAAUUUUUAACAGCCCCGUGGUACAGAGGAUCUGCAGCACAAAUGGAUGUGUUGACGGUGUCAUGCUGCGUCUGAAGCUCUACAGCAGCCCCAGUAUUCCUCACGAUGUCAAAUAUUUCGACAUGCGGAUGUUGUUUUUGCUGACUGCACUGUGUGCGGACAUCAGGCCGCGACUGCGUACGGAGCAGCACGGAGUAACGUACCUGCGUGAGGCGCUUGACCUUGUCUUGAAAGGCAGCGAGGAGAGGGGAGGAAGACAGCCACCAUCCCGGGGGCGACUCAGUCGAAGGGGGCGUGCUGCUCCUCAGCCGCCUAUCGCAGCACCAGAAGGUGGAAAUCCCCAAGAUCUGGGUGGAUCCCUGGGUUCAGUGGGACCUGUGCCCAGACUGGAUGACGACGAGGCACUCUUGGCUGCAGAAAUCCUCAAGGUCCUGUUCAACCUCACUGUCAGCGUCGACAAGACAAAUGUGGAUGAGGAAGAUGAGGUGCACUUCCAGCGCCUGGUAGGGAUCCUCCAUGACCUGCUCUUGUGUGACAUAGAUGACCUGGAAAAGAAGGACGAAGUGUGUGGGCAAGUGGUACAUGUCCUGUCCAACAUGCCCCGCUCCACCUACGAGGAACUUCUGUCGCCGGGCCACGGAGAUGGCAACGAAGGACUGGAGUACGAAGGGUUCAACAUCGAAGCGGUUAAUGCUCUUUUAGACUACUUAGAGAAGCGCUUGGACACUUCGUCUCUCAAGAAUCAGUCUCAGAGCCUUUCGCCAAUAUUGCACUGCUUGACGGAAUGUGCAAGAGGAAAUGCCAUCGUUCGCAAGUAUUUGCGCUCCAAGAUUUUACCGCCACUAAAAGAUGUUAAGAACCGUCCCGAAGAGGGCAGCGAGCUCCGAAACAAACUGGUGCGCCUGAUGACGUCACCAAACACAGACGUCAAAAACCUGGUAGCUGACCUCCUUUUUGUCCUUUGCAAAGAAAAAGUGGGACGCCUCAUCAAGUACACUGGAUACGGAAACGCUGCGGGGCUGCUGGCCAACCGUGGCCUGAUGCUCGGAGGCCGAGGGAAGCAGGGCAGCUAUUCAAGUGACUCGGAAGACAGCGACACCGAGGAGUACGCACGUUACAAAGAUAAGAUCAACCCAGUGCUGGGCUGUUACGAAGAGCCCCAUCCUAACCCCUUGGAAGGCAUGACUGAGGAGCAGAAGGAGUAUGAAGCCAUGCAGCUAGUCAAUAUGAUGGACAAACUCACAAGGGGUGGUGUUCUGAAACCCAUGAGGGUCGGCAAGGACGGGCGACCUCACCCUGUUGAUCAUAUCCUGGAACUACAGGAAGGACUACAGGACCGUGACCUCACGGAGUCAGAGUCCGACUAACAGUCGGAGCUUGUGGAGUCGGGUGUUUGAGUCGACCCUUGUUCACGGUAUUUCUUCCCCCGUUACAGUGCCAUGUACGGUGCAUGUGAUGUGUUUCGCGACCCGUGAGAUUCCCACUGUUGCCGUGUUGGUGGAAGAGUUAUCAAUUUCCCAAAGCUAA